AUGAUAGGCGAGUAUGAAGGAGAACCUAUAAACAAAAUGAUAGGCGAGUAUGAAGGAGAACCUAUAAACAAAAUGAUAGGCGAGUAUGAAGGAGAACCUAUAAACAAAAUGAUAGGCGAGUAUGAAGGAGAACCUAUAAACAAAAUGAUAGGCGAGUAUGAAGGAGAACCUAUAAAUGAAGUUAUAGGCGAGUAUGAAGGAGAACCUAUAAACAAAAUGAUAGGUGAGUAUGAAGGAGAACCUAUAAAUGAAGUUCUAGGCGAGUAUGAAGGAGAACCUAUAAAUGAAGUUAUAGGUGAGUAUGAAGGAGAAGAGAAGGAAAAACUAUAA